AUGGCGUUUUCCCUGAGAAACGAGUCCCGCAGGCCGGACAGCCCGGACCCGGAGUGCCCGGCCCUGUCCACCUGCAGCAACGCAGACAUCUUCCGCCGGAUGAACACCAUGCUGGGCAACGCUCUGGAUUUCACCGGUGUGUGCACCACACCCAGCGGCUCCAAGGGCCAGCCACACCUGCUGAGUGACCAAAAAGAGUCGGAGCUGGCUGCAGUGGGCAGCAGGAGGAUGCUCUUCCCCAACUGUGGUUGUGUGCCGGGCUCCCAGGAGAUGCCGCCGUCCAGGGGCUCCCCGGGUGUCACAGACCUGGGCCUGGGCCUCCAGUCUCUCCGUCUGUCCGGCUGGGACAGACCCUGGAGCAGCCAGGAGACGGACUCUCAUUCCUCCCCCUCCCAGAUUCAGACCAGCUCACCCUCCAUGCUAGGUAUUCUGAACAGUCCCUUCAGUAGCAUCCUCGGGAAGCCCCCAGGCUACCUGCCCCCCGAGUCCAUGAGCAUGACUGCUGACUUCCUGGAGAAGUUCCCCAGCAUGGCCCGCAUGGCGAACCGACUGGAGUCCACCUCCUUCCUGGACUCUCGCUCCAGCAGUCCCGAGGACUCGGAGACCAGUGGAUUCAGCUCUGGCUCGGACCACCUCUGUGACAUGCUGUCCACUCUGCGGAUUUCCCCCCCACUGCCUUAUCUUGCAUCGAGCAUGCAGAAGGAUCUGCUGCGACUGGGCUCUCGUAUGGACCCCCAGGACUCCAGCUCUCCCCUGACCCCAUCAUCCAUUGCAAGCCCCUCCUCAGCCAUUUCCCGCCGCUGGCGUACUGGAUCUCCAUGGCCGGGCUCUGAUGUGCUUGACCAGUCGGAUGAUGCGUUCAGCAUUGAGAGGGAGGCCCGCUUGCACAGGCAGGCUGCAGCUGUGAAUGAGGCCACAUUCACCUGGAGCGGUCAGCUGCCUCCCAGGAACAACAAGGAUCCCAUGUAUUCCUGCAAGGUCUUUCUUGGAGGCGUGCCCUGGGACGUCACAGAAGCCGGCCUGAUCAACAUCUUCAGUGGGUAUGGUCCUCUGACUGUGGAGUGGCCGGGUAAGGAUGGAAAGCAUCCUCGCUGUCCUCCCAAAGGUAAUGUGGCCAAAGGAUAUGUUUACCUGGUUUUUGAGAAUGAGAAGUCCGUCAGAAAUUUGCUCCGCGCCUGCGCCCAGGACCAGUUCCCCCCCGAGGACAACAGGGAGUACUACUUUAAGAUGUCCAGCCGCAGGAUGAGAUGCAAGGACGUGCAGGUCAUCCCCUGGGUGAUCUCCGACAGUAACUACGUGCGCUGCCCUGCCCAGCGUUUGGAUCCCAGUAAGACGGUGUUUGUGGGCGCACUGCACGGCAUGCUGAACGCUGAGGCGCUGGCCAGCAUCAUGAACGACCUGUUUGGAGGCGUCAUGUAUGCCGGCAUCGACACGGACAAGCACAAGUAUCCCAUAGGCUCUGGACGUGUCACUUUUAACAAUCAGCGCAGUUAUCUGAAAGCUGUGUGUGCAGCAUUUGUGGAGAUUAAAACACCCAAGUUUACAAAGAAGGUCCAGAUCGACCCCUACCUGGAAGACUCCGUGUGUCAAGUUUGCCUUCGCCAACCUGGACCUUUCUUCUGCAGAGAUGAGGCCUGCUUCAAGUACUACUGCCGCUCCUGCUGGCACUGGCAGCACUCCAUGGACAUCUUGAGCAACCACCGGCCCCUCAUGCGCAACCAGAGGAACAGAGACUCCAGCUAA